AUGUCCUACCGCGCUCUCCACGAGCGGUACGACCUGCCACCGCCACCAGCGCGGAGCGGGUGGUCCCUCAACCGUCCCCACGACUGGCAGAGGGCAUGGCUGCCCGACUUUGAGACGUCUCCGCACCCGGUCGACCAGCUCCGUGUCUUCCUCACUGAGCUGGCCACGCCCAGCCUGAGCCGGAGAGACUGCAUCCAACUCCGGGUGCUGUCGUGCUUCAACUUUGUCGUCUGCAUCGCCCUGCUCGGCGUCGUCGUCCACCGGAUCCGCCACCGUGCCAUCUGGCUCGUCCGCCUGGUCCGACGCUCCAACGGCACCCUGGUCGUCCCCAACGCCAUCCCCAUGCUCACCAUCUUCACCGGCUGCUGCUACCUGGCAACGUUGGUCGCUUGCAACUCGACGCUCGUCAUGUCGAGCGAGCGGUCCGUUCCCUGGGCCAACCUGCCGCUAUGGCUCAUACUCUCCUGGUACCCGCUCGGCCUCGGAGCCUACUACGCCAUUGUCGCAUCCGCCCUCGCCCGUCCCGACGCCCUGCGCUCGCUCUCGCCCCAACCCAACGUGCCGCCUUCCCUGGCGCUGCGCAUGGGCAUCACGCCGGCCGUCGUCAACGUGGUCCUCCUCGUCCUGCCCCUGCUCCAAGUCGCCGCAGUCCUCAUCCCGGGCUGCAUCGCGAAUCGGCGGUUCCAGCUCUCUGCGGCGGCCUUUGAACGCUGGAAGCGCGACUGGGACGGCGCCACAGAGCUCGACCAUGACAUGCUCCUCGCGGCCCAGCACAUCUGGUAUACGAUGCUCUCAGCCGCCCCGCCUCUGGCGGUGGGCACCCUGCUCUGGGGCAUCACAGGGUUCUUGCUCGCCUUCGCCGAGGUGUUUGCCAGCGGGGCGCUGCUACUGCUGGUACGCAGGCAGAUCAAGAUCCUCCGCGGCUUCAAACGCAAGGAGGUCGCGGCCCAGCAAGAGGCGGCCCAGGCAGCGUCGGUGGAGCGAAGCAAGAAGCGGCAAAGCGGCGUCCGGCCUGGCAACACCUUUGUCGGAUUCGAUGCGCUUCCGAUCGAUCAGGCCAUCGCUGGCGGAUCUGGACCGCCGAAACGAAAGGCCAGCCACGACAAGACGCUCGGCCACUGGGUGUGGAUGCGUUGGCGACGGUGGCGCAAGGGCGGCAGCGCCGACGAUGCCGACCUGGACGACCAGUUCCAGGUGACGUCGCAGGUGAUCUCGGCCGGCUUCAUCGUCGACGAGGCCGAAGCGGCAGGCGACGAGGGCGCCCACACUCCGGCACAGGGUCAGCUGGCGCCCGCCACCAAGCCGGCGACGUUCCAGCGUCGACGCGCGGACGACGGCUCGCCGGCGGCGGGCCUGUUCCCCGCGGUGCGUCCGAGCCGGAUCCAGCGCGCGCCCAAGUCGACGUCGAAGCGCGGGCGGCGCGGCCAGCGACACUACCUGGAGCGCUUCCUCCUCGACCACCUGAUCCACUGCGCGGGCAUCACGACGGGCUGCCUCGCCUACACGGUCAUUGCCAUCCACAAUGCCCUGGCCAUGUGGGACUCGGUCGAGGCCAACAACUUCGGCGCUGUGACCAGCUUCGCCAUGCUCGGCGGCUCGUACACGGCCUUUAUCACGGGCGUCAUCAUUAUCGCAUUCACCCUCGGACGCCUCUACGAACCGAUCCGCGCCAACCUGGCCGCGCGCGCACCCACCAUCCGCUUCCUUCGCAGCGUCCACGGCGGCCAAGGUGACGGGGCCGGCCAAGGGGACGUGGAGGGCGGCGGCGGCAACGGCGGCGCCGACAAGAUCGAGUCGAAGCGCACUGACGCGCGCGGCGUUCGGCGGAUGAGCACGCAUUCGGCGCUGCAGAAGCACUCGGGCAGCCCGCGCAGUCCGAGCUGCAUCGAGUCGCUCGUCGGCCUCGGGAGCGUGCACAACGCCAACGUCCACGUCCUCCUCGCGCUCCGGUCCCGGGACGAGAUCGCAGAGACCGACGGGGUCCACCUCGACGACAUGGGCCAAACCUCCGACGAGGCCGACGACGACGACGACGACGAUGAGGAUGGCGAGACCAUCAGCAGUCCGGAGGAGUUUGUCAAGUCGCGGCAGAGCUCAAAGAGGCCCAGCAGCCGUACGCUGUACUUUGGCUGUCCCGAGGAAAAGGGCGGAUCGAGGUCUUCCUCGCGCGAUGGCGACGACGUUGGUCACAUCGGCAUCGAUGCUCGAGGAUGCGAUGUUGCUGGCCCGCAAGGAACGGACGGAAGAGUCGGCUCGCCGGGCACCUCUCCCUCAUCCUGGUCGCAAAAGGGCGGAAUCGUGGUGCAGGACACGGUCACCUACACGCACCAAGGCGUCGAGCCCGAUCCGGUUUUGGGCACGGUCGAACUCGAGUACGGUCACGGCGCGCACACGGCGGCGCCCGCGAUGCCCGCCCCCAUCUACGACGGCGGAGGGGGUAGGUCGAACCCCGUGCUGCCCAACGAUGGCGGACCGGACUCGUUCCUCCUUCGUCCUUGGGUCGAUGCCCCGCCCGAUCGUUCCUCUAGAAGCGUCGAUGGUGGUCGAAGCCUCACCGACUUCCUCCCGUGUCCAUCCACACUCCCCUCCGACACCGCCACCGCCACCGCCACCGUCGAUGACGACGACCCGUCCCGACCAAGAGCGGCGCGACACCGUCCCUCUGCCGAUCAUUCCCUCACCGCAUCCAGCGAUUCGUUCUUCUAG